GACUCUCAAGCAUUUCAUUCCAAUUAAAACCCAGCCACACAUAGGUGAAUAUCUGUGUGUGUCUGUGUUUCUGGAUUGGGGACAGAGCUGCAUCUUGGCAGAGGAUGUUGUUAGCUGUAUACAGCCAUAAAAGACAAUUGCCGCCAUAACCUUUUAUGGGGUGCAAAGCGCUGCAAGGCGAGAGGACACAAAACAAAAAAAGACUGCUUCGACAGCUGAAGCCCAAAAUAAUGCAGCCGAUGCUUUGCUGUUCAGCUCAGAUAUGACAAGGCCGCUCAACCUAAAGCUCCGUCAUUAGCGCCAUGUCGACAUAACCAGUUCACAAGGAAGGAGAUUUAGUGGAUACAUAUUCUGAAAUAGAGCAGCCCCACAAAUGUUGGAUUUGUAACGCAAAGUGAGUCUUUCCCACAUCUUUUGGAGAAGAGCUUUACUUUUAAAUUAUGGUCUCUGCGUGUGUAAGGCUGGUUCAAGUCUCUGCAUGUUGGAGAAAAUAUUUAACACAAGAAACAUACGAGGAGCACCAAAUCCACUGUGAGGUAGCUGCAGAGCUGCUAAGUCUGAUGCUCGAUCAGAGCCAAGCACGGCUCACAUACACCGGGUUAUGUAGUUCAUUAAAAGCCACACACAAACUGACAGAAUAUUGUAGUUAGACGAUAACUCGGACUUUAGUCCAACUAGGAGUGCUGUUGUGACGCGUUAGGAGACGCAGAUGGACCCAAACUUCAAAGACUCGAGCAGAGACAGUGCAAUAAAACGCCUGGUCUGCUAUACUGUCUGGCAUUCCAGUUUUAAUGGCUUUAUGGCCGUCCAGACACAAUUAGGCCGUUUCCAGAAUGGCACCCAUUUGUUUUUUCUACUCUUUCUGUGGGGCUACGCGGCUGAACAAAAGGCCGAGCGGAAAUGAUCAGCUUUAUUGGAUUCUCCCCGACGGGGACGCGCAGGACUCACGGUCAUUUGGAGCGAUCCUUUGUUUCUACCUGGGAACCUUCCGCCCUCUGCUCCUUUGCUGGGCCCGUCCUAAAGGAGAAGGAGCAAUAAAGCCAGCAGCUAGCUUCAAACGCAGUGGUAGGCCUUUAGAUGCGUGAUGCUUUUUCAAAAUACAUUUGGACAAGUCUGUUAAAAGGCAUCCGCGCUUUGCUUAAAAUCACAACGAAGAAACAUAACGUUACCUUUUCAGCGUCAUGUCUUUUACUUUUAUCUUGCAUUUUAUUCCGGAUUGCAGUAGAAAGAAAAAAACGCCUGCGCACUGCGCCCUCCCCACCCUGCAGUGCCUGAAAGUCACCAGAGGGUGGCGACACUGUUCCACAACAUCACCCCACCACUUUAAACACUCCUCCCUAAUGAACCUCACUGGGGAAGAAACUGUAGUAACGUUUUUAAGAGUCCAGCAAAAUAAUUUCACACCUUUUUACAGUGUCUCAGUGCAGAAGCUGCUUCUCCAGCCCAGCGGGACGAAAGAAACAGUCAGCACACUGACUGCUGGAGUACUGACGUAGUCGCUCUCCUGCCAAUGGUUCUCUUACACUCUGUUUUUGGACGGCUUUGUAGACGCAAACUAUUCGGAACUGAGUUCAUUUGUUUGAUACCAGGGUUAUUAAGACUAACAUAAAAAUAUGUGCAAUGUUACUCUGCAUUUUUUAUGUAGAUUCUAAUUUUCUACGAUAUAUAUAAUGUACGAUGUAUAAAUAAGUUAGGCUUCUAAGCAAAACACAAUCGGCUGAAAAUAGUUUUUCAUGUUAAGAAAUAUUGUAAGGAAUUAAGGGAAUUAUUAUUAUCAUUUUUAUUAUUAUUACUAUUAUUAUUAUUUUCUUUAUGUAUUUUUCUAAUUUGACAAUUUGCUCUUUUAUCUGUGUAUUUAUUAUAAGCAUCGUUCCAUUCAUUUCAUGGUCAUUUAUGGACCAUUCAGGUAACAUUGUAAUGUCAGCUAAACAUUUUUGAUGAAUUGGACCGUAUUGUAAUUAUCAUCGUGGAUUAUUAUUAAUAUUGAUACAUAGCCUACGUUAUGUAUAAUCAAAAUAAUGUCCUAUAUUUUUUAUAGCCUACAUAUAAUUUUAAAACACGAGACUGUAUGCAAGUAUUGUUUUUAAAGCAGUCACAACGAAGUCACAUUCUGUCGGAUUAGUUAUGUAUAUAAAUAUUAUAUUAGUUAUUAGAUUAGUUGUAGUUAUAGCCAAUUAUAUGCUGUAUAUUAGUGUAGCUUGUGAUUGAGGGACUGUAGAUUACCUUGUUAAGGUAUUCUACCGUGUAUAAAAUAAAAACAUAUAUAUGAAGAUUUUUUAAAUAAAUGGGUAUUUGUAAAGCAGUAGUACGAGAAGGGAUCGCCCAUUAAAUCAUGACCUUAUAUCACCUAACUUACCUCUAGAUCACUGGGGUUGUGAGAAUUUCUCCCUUGUGUGUGUUGUGUGUUUUUGUAUGUAAAGUGUAAAUCCCACUCUGUUGUCCUGCGCCAUAAUGACAUCCAUGCCUGCUUGCUGAUUGGAUGAGAGCGUCCAGGCCUGAGUCACAUGGGCAAGUUAUUUGGCCCAGAGUAAAAAUGGGGUUCGGUGUAAAUCUAGGGUGUAUUGCUGUCAUAUAUCACGCUACCUCGUAAAAACGACACUGAAGAUUCUUGGCCAAGAAAUCAGAGAGAGAAAAAAAAUGAGUUCUUAUUAUGUGGAUGGUCUUCUUAGCAAAUAUACGGCGGGGAGUUCUCUGUUCCCAAAUGUGGAGCGGGCUUCUUGUAGUAUUGGACCCAGUGGAGAGGACUAUGCCUCGACUCAGACUGCUGCGGCCAUCGCGUUUGCACCGUCUCUGUCUGGAGUUUACAGCGUCAAUAAUGCACCAGUGUACCAGAGCCGCCCCUUGUUUACCUCGGGAUAUGGCAUGGGGCAGGACGCGCGCACACUGCACUGCAGCCUGUUUGACCAGAGCCGCCUGUUCACCGACAGCUGCUGCCAUCCGGAGCCGGGUCCCCUCACCUCGCCGCCGGACAAACAAUACCAGAUGUACCCCUGGAUGAGAGUAUCAGAUCCAAACGGAAAGCGGGGGCGGCAGACCUACUCUCGGUACCAGACCCUGGAGUUGGAGAAGGAGUUCCACUUCAACCGGUACCUGACCCGCAGGCGGAGGGUCGAGAUAGCCCAUGCCCUCUGCCUCUCAGAGAGACAGAUCAAAAUCUGGUUUCAGAACCGCAGGAUGAAGUGGAAGAAAGACCACAAGGAGGAACCGGUGUCGACCCCCGGGGAAAAGGACGGUGAUAUUCUGGCAGUGCCAGAAGCCGGAGAGCCCGAAGCUGGAGACACCCGGUGCGCCGGUUUGGAGUCAGAAACGGCUGCAAAGUAACGAAAGACCGGGACAGAGAAUUAAAAUCAAAGAAAAUCACUGUUUAGUAUGAAUACGGGAUACAUCUCAGAUGUUUCUAAUCUACCAUAUGCUGAUUAAUUGAAUGACAGCUGAAGGCCAUUGUGUAAUAAGCAUUUAACAGUAGGCUGUGGGUCUGUAUUUCACAUUUAAACCCAAAAUGCCUAAAGAGGCUCCAGCAUGAAAGAGCGAUAUUGACUACCUUUCCAAACUAUAUUUGAUAUAUGCAUUACUAAAUAUGUUAUUUUCCCCUGAUUUUACAACUGAAUCAACAUUCCUUAACGAAAAACUACCUAAUAUUUUCCUUCUAAUAUUAAAACACUGACACAAGGAAUUCAACGUAAGUUGAAAUUGACUGUAGGCUACUUUAAUCUAUUCUACCUAUUCGAGUAAUUCUUCUCCACAGAAGGUUGUGUUUUCUAAAGGUAACAAUACACCAUUAUGCGCAAAUGUGCCUCAUUUUGAGUAUAGGCCAAUUAAAAAUAAACUUUUUGUUGGUCAAAUGCAUCCAUCUGUGAUUUAGCUGCUUUCUAGAUGUCAGUAUGUCUACCGCUGUAUCGUUUUUUUUUUGAAUGCGUAUAACUGCUUAUCACUUAGAAUAUUAAUAUGCCUGUUUUCGAUAUUAUUUGCCUCUUUAUACAUCCCAGGAUCAACACACAUUUGUUAAGUUUUGGAUGAUCUACCUCGGAUUCCCAGAAAGUCAACUUGCCUAUAAUGUAAACCGGAAUAUCCAUUUGUAAAUGCUUUAGCCAUGUACAUUAAAAUGUUCUUGUUUAUUAUAUUAAGAAACAAAUUCAGGCUCAAAUUUUCACAAUUGUACAUGAAUUGGCUAUUUUGAUCUUCUAAAUGUGAAAAUACUGUGAUAUAUCCAGGUUCAGUGCUUGCGUAAUGUGAAGCACAACAUGUGAACAAAAAAAUAUCAAAAGCUCCUGGGAAUGUUUUAAAUCUGUAAAUGAAAAUAAUUUAAUAAAAUAGCCUUUACCUGUCUGUUUGUUUGCAUGUAAUAUUUGCUUUCAAUAUUUUCGAAUCUAAUAUUGUGCAACCACAACAACAAUCAUAACGACAGUCAUUAUAACGCGCCGAUUGAGUGAUAAUAUGUCGCUCCAAGUCACCAUUAAGUGCUGUUUAAUGUGGCCAAGAUUGGGUCGCAUGUAACGAAACAUGGUGCAGUCCAUUAUCAGUGUUAAACACUUAAGUUGGGGAAUGUGAACUAUUGGAAAGCGAGAC